AAGUAGCGACUAGGAAAGAGGGAAAGGGAUUAGCUGCGCUUUGCGAAGGGCACCGCGCUCCUCCUCCGUUUCCUUCUGCGGAAAGCUGUGGGCAUCCGCACGUGCAGCCGAACCCAAGCUCCUCCCUUUCCCGCCCCCCUGCCCGGGAGCGGCCAGGCGGCUGCCUUCCUGUAUCGCCGAGAUGGCGCUCGACCCGGCAGAUUUUACCAAAUGUUGCAAGGACUCUGGGAUCCUUAUGGUAGUGAAAUGCCGGAAAGAAAAUUCUGCAUUGAAAGAAUGUCUAACAGCUUACUAUAAUGAUCCUGCCUUUUAUGAGGAAUGCAAAAUGGAAUACCUGAAGGAAAGGGAAGAAUUCAGAAAAACUGGAAUUCCUACCAAGAAAAGGCUACAAAAGCUUCCAACAAGCAUGUAGGCACAUAUUCAACUGACAGAUACUCAGUGAUUCUUUUCAUGGAAAUCACAAUUACUUAAAAUGAUGGACUCAAGGAAAUUUGUUUGCUUUCUCCUAAAUUAUGGAAAUAUUAUCUGAAAUAAAGAUUUUU